AUGUUGUUCAAUAUAAAAGAUCAAUUAGUGUGCUACAUUUCAUUUUUAGUUAUUUUGGAAGGGAUACUUAUGUAUCAUACGUAUGCACAUAUUUCACUGAUCAAAGAUAAUAAAAAUGAUGGCUUGAAAUUCUUCAAACCUUGUCCUAAAUAUAACUACAAAUAUGAUAAUGCUUCUGGCAGUUUUAUGUGUACUGUACCAACGGCGAAAAAGUGCUAUGAAUUAUGUCAACAACAUGGAUGCAGUGAUUGGCCAUUUCAUAUACCAGUUUCACCGGCUGAUAGAAUAACUCGCAAUAAUUAUCGUUGUCGAUGUUUUCAAGAAUAUAAAACAUGUUUGUAUAAUCCAUUGUCAAGAAGACAGAUUAUUUCUGAUUGAGAUAUAAAAAAUACACAACAAAAAUAGAUCUAUAAUACACUCAAAUAUCAUACAUAUACACACUUACAAAUACGUUCUUAAUCGAACAGUUAAUUAAUCAACUGAGAUUUUUCACAGUAGUCAGUGUUAAUUGAACAAAGGCAACAAGUGAUAUCAUGUGCAAUUCCGAUUUUAGAAAAAAAAUCAUCUUUAAUGAAAACAUUAACUGACAAAUAUUUAAUGCAAUAGUAUGUAAUCAUUCAAUUCAUCUGAGCAUUUAUCCAUCUUUAAUUGAUUCGUAGAUUUACUUAAUUGAAU